CUACCACUUCCAUUAAUAAAUGUUCUCAUUUGCUUUUAUACUCUCUCUCUCUCUCUCUCUCUCUCUCUCUCUUAUCUUCCUUUUCUCCGAUUUCAACUUUCAGCCAGCAUUGAGAUUUUCAGGAUCAUUCCGGCAAUGGAUUGAAGUUUGAUGUUUUCUCGUGGAGCUGGAUCUCUUCUGCCUCCGAAACUCUUUGUUGACUUUUUUCUGGGCUAAGGUUACUGUGAUUGAUCCCAUCAAUGGCUGCCGACAGUUGUUUCAUCCUUUCAAUCCUGAGCUUCAUGCUACUGGGUGAGCUGGGUCGAGUGUCUUUUGCAGCCAAUUAUGUGCCUACUGAUAAGAUUCUACUGAAUUGUGGAGGCCAGGAAGGGGCGACUGAUCUUGAUGGUAGGAAAUGGACGAGCGACAUCGGGUCUAAGUUCCUCCUCUCCACCACCAAGUCAUCCACCUCUUCUGCUGAUGCUCAAAAGCCCUCUGUCCCACAAACUCCUUACAUGUCCGCCCGUACCUUCCAGUCGGACUUCACUUAUAGUUUCCCUGUGGCAUCUGGUAGGAAAUUCCUCCGCCUCUAUUUCUAUCCUGCUACUUAUAACAACCUCAACGCCACAAACUCACUCUUCUCUGUAAGUGUGGGACAAUUCACACUGCUGCAUAACUUCAGUGCAUCACAGACUGCUCAAGCUCUCAACUAUGAUUACCUGCUGAAGGAGUUCUCCAUUAACGUCCCGUCCGAGACUCUGAAUGUGACGUUCUCACCAUCCCCAAACUCUUUCGCUUUCGUCAAUGGCAUUGAGGUAAUUUCACACCCUGACAUUUACAGCACUGCUGACGGGACUACCACGAUUGUCGGGCAACAAUCUGCCACCUUCAUCAUUGACAAUAGUACCGCCCUAGAGAAUCUUUACCGCGUGAAUGUUGGCGGCAAUGUGAUAUCGCCGUCGAGAGACACUGGAAUGUAUAGGUUGUGGGACGAAGAUACAAAAAACAUUUUUGGGGCAGGGCUCGGGGUCACGCAGACUGCAGAUGAUUAUAAUCUGACAAUCACUUACCCGCAAGGAAUGCCGAGCUAUGUUGCCCCGGUGGAUGUGUAUAGAACUCUUAGAUCAAUGGGUCCAAAUGCGAGCGUGAAUGCAAAUUACAAUUUGACAUGGUAUUUUUCGGUUGAUUCAGGGUUCUCCUACCUUGUAAGACUCCACUUCUGUGAGAUCACUAACAUCAUUACUAAGAUCAACCAGAGGGUUUUUAUAAUUUACCUGAACAAUCAGACUGCUGAGCCAGAAGCCGAUGCAAUAGCUUGGGCGGGCCGAAAUGGGGUCCCCACUUUCAAGGAUUACGUGGUGUCCGUUCCUCCCGGGGUUCCACAAGUGGAUCUUUGGCUUGAAUUGCAUCCCAAACCUGGAGCCAAUUAUCUAGAUGCAAUCUUGAAUGGAUUGGAGAUAUUCAAAAUAAGCGACAGUACAGGAAAUCUCGCAGGUCUGAAUCCGAUCCCUUAUGUGCAACCACACAUUGAACCGUUCAUUCGCCCUUCCUCACGGGGAGAUUCAAAGAAUAAUAACAAAGCAGCUAUUGGCGGAGGGGUAGGUGGUGGAAUUGCUGCUUUCCUACUCAUUGGCUUGGUCAUUUGUAUCUUCUCUCGCCGCCACAUCCACAGGAAGGAUUCCUCAAGCACAAGCGAUGCACAAUCUGGUUGGCUUCCUCUUUCCUUGUAUGGAAAUUCACAUUCUUCUGCUUCUGCCAAGACAAACACCACUGGAAGCUAUGCCUCCUCACUUCCGUCAAACCUUUGCCGGCACUUCUCAUUUGCUGAGAUCAAGGCUGCCACUAAAAACUUUGAUGAAUCUCUUCUCCUUGGAGUUGGAGGUUUUGGCAAUGUGUAUAGAGGAGAAAUUGAUGGGGGAACAAAAGUUGCUAUUAAACGUGGUAACCCUCUCUCUGAACAAGGCAUUCAUGAAUUCCAGACCGAAAUCGAAAUGCUUUCUAAACUUCGUCAUCGCCACCUUGUAUCUUUGAUUGGUUACUGUGAGGAGAACUGUGAGAUGAUCCUUGUCUAUGAUUACAUGGCAUACGGGACCCUUCGUGAACACCUCUAUAAGACCCAAAAGCCGCCGCUACCGUGGAAGCAAAGGCUUGAGAUCUGCAUUGGUGCUGCCCGUGGCCUUCACUAUCUCCACACCGGCGCGAAACACACGAUUAUCCACCGCGACGUGAAAACUACCAACAUCCUCUUGGACGAGAAGUGGGUGGCGAAGGUUUCUGAUUUCGGGUUGUCAAAAACGGGUCCCACUUUGGAUCACACCCAUGUGAGUACAGUGGUGAAAGGGAGUUUCGGGUAUCUGGAUCCGGAAUACUUUAGACGACAGCAACUCACCGAAAAAUCUGAUGUCUAUUCAUUUGGGGUCGUCCUUUUUGAGAUAUUAUGUGCACGCCCAGCUUUGAACCCUACCCUACCAAAGGAGCAGGUGAGCUUAGCGGAAUGGGCGGUGCAUUGCCACAAUAAGGGUAUUCUUGACCAGAUCACUGACCCUUAUUUGAAAGGCAAGAUAGCACCCGAGUGCUUCAAGAAAUUUGGGGAGACGGCUGUGAAGUGCGUGUGCGAUGUGGGGACAGAUAGGCCAUCAAUGGGAGAUGUGCUUUGGAACCUUGAGUUUGCACUACAACUUCAAGAGAGUGCAGAGGAGAGCGGGAAGGGUAUUGUGAAAAUUGACGGGGAGGAGGAGGAGAAGGGGUUCGGCGUCAUGAUGGGCAAAGCAAAGGAUGUAUCAUCAUCACCCCCCAUCGGCUUUGAUGGAAGCGUGACGACCACUGAUUCAAGAAGCAGUGGCAUAUCAAUGAGUAUAGGCGGUCGGAGUGUUGCCAGCGAGGACUCAGACGGGCUGACACCAAGUGCCGUCUUCUCACAGAUUAUGAACCCAAAGGGCCGUUGAUGACACGAGUCCUUGAUGACCAAUCAAUGUAUGUACACUAUAUUCUUUUCCACCCACUGUUUAUUAUACUUCUAUUUUGAUACAAUUUCCUUUAGUUAAUCCUUGUGUUUCUUUAAUAUAAGCAAAAAUCUUCUGUAACCUUUUGAAUUUGCAGCUUGAGGGCACGAAAUGUGCUUUUUUCUUUGUACCCAUAACUGUUAAGAGAUUGUUUGGCUGUGAUAUUUUCAUUUGUAAUUAUUUACCUUAUACUUCUGAGGACUAUUGAUUCUUAUGGACUACACGUUAUUUAUUUUGUUUUCUUGGCUGCAUAAAAAUUGAUUCUUGGU